AUGACAUCGCAUCUCAUCUCACUGAUCGAGAAUAGGGGCGAGACGAUCAAGCAGAGCAGACCAUCCGAUCCAACUUGUCCCUUUUGCGGGAUCAUCAACGACGGCGAUCCCGCUCACAUUGCCUUUGAGAACGAAGACGUCAUCGCCAUCCUCGACAUCCUGCCCAUCUCGCGCGGUCACACGCUCGUCAUCCCCAAAGCGCAUCACGAGAAAGUGUCGGACUUGCCAGAUGCUAUCGGCGCGAGCAUAGGUCGCGUCCUACCCCGUAUUGCUCGCGCUGUAUGUCGAGCGAUCAAGACGCUGGAAGGAGGUUCAGAGGAAGCCAUGCUCGCAGAAGAUCACAGUUUCAACGUCGUCUCGAACAGCGGUCACCUGCAAGUCGUGCCCCACGUGCAUUUCCACAUUGUCGUCGCACCUGCAUACGGCAAAACUUCCCGCAAAUGGAAGAAACCUGCCGACUUUGUCAUGGGCGGCCGAGCGGAACUGAACGAACAAGAUGGCACGCUCGUAGCGCGUACGAUCAGGGAAGCGAUCGCGGCAGAAGAGAGCAAGUUGUGA